AUGGAAUUAUGUUCUGGUAUGAGGAAUGCAGUUAUCAGUACUGAGAUUUGGUCGUGGAAGUCUGGCUGUGCGAAUGCGCAGUAUUUGUAUAAAGGGACUGACAAAAAGAGUUACUGGCCGGAAUGGAAUGUGCCGCCGCAGCUCUACUACCUCAUCGUCAUUCUCGCUUUUGUCGUCAUUAGAGAUCUGGUUAGAGUUUUGGUGCGCAAAGCACACAAAGCAUACAAACGCCGAAGUGGGAGUGGUACCGAAGGCGGAAGCAAAUGUCGAACUAUCGUGGAUAAGGAUAAUCUUUUAGAAAGAGGAUUACUGCUGACGCCAACGUCGAAGGAU